UUUAAUGAACUUAGAUCCCUGUAUUUUAAGGUGGCCACAUUAUGUCGCAAUGUAAAUCAAUACAUCUUGAAUUUUCUUAUCAAAAUGAUGGUUUAUAAUAUUAACUAUUGAAUUUCAAAGUUUAUGCAAAUGAAUAAGGUUCUUUUUCUUCAUUUUUAAAGGCUGCCCUAAAACUAAACGUUCUAAUCCUUUCUGUAUGACCGAUAGAAAUCAGUUGGCCAUAAAAAUCACUUACUAUAAACCGAAUAGAACUCAUUGUCUAGAAUUCUCAAAUAUUAGUUGGAUUCCCAAAUUUCCUUGCCCAUCAGCUGACCAGUCUUCAAUAACUAAAAAUCAGGGUCGAUUUCAUUGUAAUCCUGAGACGUGUGAACGUAUCUGGAUUGGUCGAACAUGGAUACGUGAACAUUGUAAAUGUAGACAAGUAGAUGUAAAUCAUCCAGCUGGGAAAUGCUGUUGUCCCAAAUCCGAAAGCAGUCAAUCUGAUUGCCAAAAUGGAUUAUCUGAAAUAGUUAAUGUUACUUACAGUCUUGUAAAUGGUGAUUGUAAACGUCAUGUCUUACGAUCAGUAAUACGUUGUUCAUGUCCAAAUUCUAAGAAUUUUGUCAAAUGUGAUUCAGAAAAUGGUAUAAAAUUAUUUGGAACCGUAAAGUAUAAAAUACAAAAGGACGGAACAUGUCAAAAAGUAGAAUUGAUAGAAUUACAUAAAAUAAAUUGUAUGAACGAACAUAUCAGAAGAAUUUCCGAAUGUAAUGUUCAAAUUACGGAGGAUAAUCGCAUGUAUCGUCAGUUGUUAGUGGCACAGUCAAGUAUUAAAGAAUGUGCAUGUAUUACACCUAAGCCUAAAGUUUACUUGGAAGCUUGUAAUUGUCCUGAAGCCCAAACUGACGUUGUGAAACAGAUACAACAAUGUCCAUCUUGGUGUUUUAAUGCAACACCAGAGAUGUGUGACCGAAGAUGUCAGAAUAUUUUCAUAUGGCAAAAGCUUGUUUACGAUUUUGAAAAUCGUGGACAUUGUAAAGUAGAAAUAUUACAAAAAAUUACCAAACCAUGUUGUUGUAAACAUUCAAAAGAAAUCCGACGAUUAUGUAGUGAAGAUGGCAAAACGUUGAUAACUGAAACCGAAGAAAGUAUUUGGAAAAAUGAACUAUGUAUUAAGAAAGUAAAACGAAUUCACCAACCUAUUCAGUGUAAAAUUGGACUACUAAAACAAACACUGAUAAAUUCACAAAAACAUGGUAAACGAUAUAUGCAGUCAGUAUACGGAUAUCGACAACAUUGUCAAUGUAAAAUACGUGUCGAAGAAAAGUUGUGUAAUCAAUCAUGUCCAGAACCGGUUUAUGAAGUGGAAUGUGAUCCAGGAUCACGUGAAUUACUGCAUAAAAAAACAGAUUACGUCAGCGUUGCUUGUAAUUGUCAAGCAAGGAUAUAUAAACGAAGAACAAAAGUUUUUUGCCCACAGUAUACCACUUUGGUUUCAUCACAUUGCUCACCAAUAACAAAUAUGGAGACAAGCACCUAUAAAACUCAUUUUCAAGAGGGAUGUGAAUGUAAAGAGAGUAUUACAGUUAAGACAAGACGUUGUGGUAAGUGUGUGUAUAUAUGUCAUUGUUGUUAUUGAACAAUUCAUUUCAUUUGAUUUUAUCCUCAUAAUUUUCAAGUUAACUCUUUCAGUUGUCACUACU